GGCCAACAAAAACUAGACUGUUCUCUCUUAUUAAUAGUAGUAAUACUAAACAAGAAAGUGCUUUGUACUCUUCUGUGCUAAGUGAUAAACAUGUCUAUCUUCAUGAAAAGUAUCUUCUUGAUAAUUGCCUGUUGUUUUUUGAGAUCAGUUUCACCCAACUCCCAAACUUAUAAUGCAAUAUUUAGCUUUGGUGAUUCACUUGCCGACACCGGAAACUUCCUCAUUUUGGACUCCUCAGCUUUUCCGGUCAUCGGAAAACUCCCUUAUGGAGAAACUUUCUUCAAGCAUCCCACUGGCAGAUGCUCAAAUGGACGACUAAUAGUUGACUUUUUCGCGGAGGCAUAUGGAUUGCCAUUACUUCCACCCUAUUUGGCACUGAAAAAGGGCGUAAAAGCUGAACAUGGAGUGAAUUUUGCUAUUGCUGGGUCUACUGCAAUUGCUGCUAAGUAUUUCUAUAGUAAGAAUAUUACAAUUUUAUGGACAAACAUGUCUUUAACUGACCAGUUGGGAUGGUUCCAAGAAGUGAAGGCUAAAAUUUGUGCCACCCAAAAAGAUUGUAGAGAAUACUUGAAACAAUCACUCUUCAUAGUUGGAGAAAUUGGAGGCAAUGACUAUAACUACCCCUACUUUCUUGGUGGAAGCAUUAAACAACUUAAAGCUCUUGUACCAGCAGUAGUUGAAACCAUUAUUAAAGCAACAAGUGUAUUGAUAGAGGAAGGAGCCGUUGAACUGAUAGUGCCUGGGAAUUUGCCAAUUGGUUGCUCAGCAGUGUACUUGACCUUAUUUGGCACUCCAAACAAAGCUGCAUAUGAUAACAAUGGAUGUUUAAAAUCUUACAAUGCCUUCUCCAAAUAUCACAAUGCUAAGCUAAAACUAGCAAUUGAGAGUUUAAGAAAAGAAUAUCCUCAUGCAAAGAUCAUCUAUGCUGACUAUUAUGGAGCUGCUGAGAGAUUGUUUCAUGCUCCAAAGCAUUAUGGAUUUUCCAAUAUAUUUGUAGCAUGUUGUGGAGGUGGGGGUCCUUACAACUUCAACUAUUCAGCAAGAUGUGGUCAUAUUGGCUCUAAGGCAUGUUUGGACUCUUCAAGUUUUGUAAAUUGGGAUGGAAUGCACUUAACGGAGACAGCUUAUCAUCACAUAGCCAAGGGAUUGCUCAAUGGCCCAUUCACGUCACCAUCUCUCACAUUUCCUCCCAUCAAACAAAUUUAGACUCACUUAAUUCUCAUUGUCAUAAUAACAGGCAGAUUUUCCAUUCGAUCCCAUCGUACCGUCAUCGGUAAUCUGGGAUUUUUGACAAGACUUUGUCAAAGCAGUUCUCGACGAGCACAUUUCCUAUGGAUUCUGUCGAAAAUUCUAUGAGAAAUAAGUGUUUGUAGUAAUGAAUUAAACUCUUUGUUUGUUUGUUAAUUAUUUGGGAUUCUUUCGAUUAUGUUCCUUCGGCCAAACUUAUAAUUACCGAGAGAAACCCAAUAUACAUUGAUAUGUAUAUCAUAUGUAUCGUAAAUGCAUUGUAUAUGUAUAUUUAGGUAUAAAUAAACAAAAGCUAUACAUUUGCUGGCUA